CCAGUUAGUCGUUGCACUCCGGAAACAAAUAAGGGAAGCUCCUGCCUCAUCAUGGCGCGGCACCUACGCUUCAUAGCUCGGACGGUGAUGGUCCAAGAUGGCGAUGUAGAUACCGCGUACAAGACCUUGAACAGAAUCCUAACCCAGGAUGGGAUCAUCGACGCAGUGAAGCGCAAACGCUACUUCGAGAAGCCCUGCCGAGAGCGACAGCGCAAAAACUUUGAGAACUGCAGGCGCAUUUACCACACGGAAAUGGCACGAAAGAUUGCUUUUGUCUCCAGGACAAACAGAGACGAUCCCUGGCUCGGUUGCUAGGGAAAGUGUUGAAGAAGGACGACACUAGCUAUGUGUUACAUCUGAUGGGAAUGGUUGAAAGCAAAUCGAAGAACAUUUUUAGAUGUUCAUUCAUUUGGAGAAAAAAAAAAGGCUGAUGGUUUUCUGCAACUUUCUUGAUUCAUCCAAGCUGUGAAACAUGAGCAUUUAUCCACACUCAGUAAUCUCUGGUGUUACCGUGUUGUGGUUAUUGUUUCCCCUGCAGCCACAGGAAGACCACCUAGAUGUGAUACUUUCUCGUCUCCAUUUAUUCUGUUCAUCUGUCAUCUAAAGUUGUGUUAAUAAAAUAACUAUCUGAGAUCUCUUGA